AUGACGGUAUUUAAACGAAUUCCUAUCUGGUUAGAUUGUGAUCCCGGUCAUGAUGACGCUGUUGCCAUUCUUUUAGCGUGUUUUGAUCCAAGAUUUCAGUUACUUGGAAUUAGUGCGUCUUACGGUAACGCUCCACCUAAAAACACCGCUUACAAUGCUCUGUCGGUAGUCACGGCCCUUGGAGCGGCGAAUCGCGUCCGCGUGUACGCGGGAGCUCAGAAACCGUGGGUUCGAGACGCCAUUUACGCUCCAGAUAUCCAUGGUGAGAGUGGUCUUGACGGAACGUCGUUAUUGCCGAUACCCAUAGUAGGUCUCGUAACAGAGACCACUUACCUUGAGGCUAUCGAACAGGCCGUUGAAGAACACGCUGGAGAGUUCUGUUUCGUUUCAACGGGAUCAAUGACGUCCGUCGCAACACUUCUGCGCGAAAAAAGUCAUCUCAAGCCCAAGAUCAAGUACGUCAGUAUCAUGGGCGGAGGAAUUAACGUCGGAAACCGAAAUGUGCUUGAAAGUGCCGAAUUCAACAUUUGGAUCGAUCCACAGGCUGCCAAUUUUUUGUUUUUGGACCCGAUUAUGAAGGACAAAUGUAUCCUAGCGGGUCUGGAUUUAACUCAUAAGGCCAUUGCGACUAAGCAAGUUCAACAGACGGUGCUAGGUGACGGAACGUCGAAUUUACGCAAGCUUUUCUAUGAAUUGUUUUUGUUUUUUAGUCGGACUUACGAAAAUGUCCAGUUCUUUGAAAAAGGACCACCUGUUCACGACCCUUUGGCGCUUUUAGCAUUGCUAGCAAUUGAAGACGAGGGCGCUGCCCAAAAAAUACAGUUUCAAUACAAGAGAAUGGACCUUCACGCCCUCGAGGACGAAUCAGAUUUAAAUAUCGGACAAACUCAGGUUUUGAAAGAAUAUCCAACAAACGGGUCCUUAGGGACCAUUGUAGGCUUUGAUAUGAACAUGGAAUACUUCUGGCAACAAGUGUACCAUGCGCUUGACAAAGCCGCACAGAUAUCGCCAAUUUAA